GCUAAUGCUGCUCUCCCGCCCAGGGUCGAGCUGUGCAGCUUCAGCGGCUACAAGAUCUACCCGGGCCAUGGGCGCCGCUACGCCCGCACUGACGGCAAGGUUUUCCAGUUCUUGAAUGCAAAAUGUAACUCCAAGAGAAACCCCCGUCAGAUCAAUUGGACUGUUCUGUACAGGCGUAAGCACAAGAAAGGGCAGUCGGAAGAGAUACAGAAGAAGCGCACACGCCGUGCUGUUAAGUUUCAAAGGGCUAUUACUGGUGCAUCUUUAGCCGAGAUUAUGGCUAAGAGAAAUCAGAAGCCUGAAGUGCGAAAGGCGCAGAGGGAACAAGCUAUUAGGGCUGCAAAAGAAGCCAAGAAGGCUAAACAGGCAACUAAGAAAACAGCAGUUUCUACUGCAAAGGCUCCCACGAAGGCAGCACCUAAGCAGAAGAUUGUGAAACCAGUGAAGGUUUCUGCUCCCCGUGUUGGUGGAAAGCGCUAAUUUGCCACACUGUUAGCUGUGCUGAAUAAACACCUGACCAACUUCCA